UCUGCUCCGGUGCUCCAGAGCAGCGCAGCUCUCUCCUGCUGCUGCGAAGAGACGGGACUCCCUGGCACGGCUGCUGUUGUUACAUGUGGGAUUUACCCUGAUCUCAUCCUCGCCCCAACAUGAGACUUCUUCUUGUUGUUGCGGUGGCGGCUCUGUUGACAGAAAAUCUAGCGCUUCCAGUGGGGAAAGAAGGUCAGAGAGAAGAAGUGGUAACACGAUGCCUGGUUGAGGUCCUGUCCAAAGCUCUCUCCACACCGGACUCUCAGCUGGAUCAGGAAUGCAGGGACAUUCUCCAAGCAGGGGUUAAACAAGUCCCGCUGGACAAGAAGAGCGGGGACGGGAUAGUAACUCAUGAGGAGGUGGUCCAAGUUCAGCCCAAGGAUACAGAGACAAAGACAGCCGAUGUGAAAGACAUCGAGGCACUCCUGAAAUCCGUGGAGGAGAAGAGGGAAAACCCAGAGGACGAGCGCAGCCAAGAGUCCUGGAGUCUGGGUGACGAGAAGGAAAAGAGAGAUGAGAACGCAGAAGAAGAGCGGGAGAAAAGGAGCAAAUGGAGGCCUGGGAGAUACCACCAAAAGAAAGCCAAACGAGAUGAGGAGUCUUUAGGAGACGAGAGGGACGAGCCAGAGGAGGAACGUAGCCAAGAGUCCUGGGAUGUAGACAAAAGGCAUGCGAACGAGGUGGAGGACCAGAGAAAUAAGCGCAUAUGGAAACCCACACACCGCUACCACCACAAGAAAAAACUUCACAAACGUGGCGAUGAGCCAUCAGAAGAAGAGGGAGACGAACAGCGCAGCCAGGAGUAUUGGGGUCUUGACAAUGAGAGAGACAAGAGGAACUGGAGGCCUGGCAGGUACCACCAGAGGAGAACCAAACGUGAUGAAGAGCUCUCAGAAGAAGCCAGGGAAGAACCAGAUGAAGAACGCAGCCAGGAGAACUGGGACUUUGACACAGGAAGAGAAAAGAGGAACUGGAGGCCUGGCAGGUACCACCAGAGGAGAACCAAACGUGAUGAAGAGCUCUCAGAAGAAGCCAGGGAAGAACCAGAUGAAGAGCGCAGCCAGGAGAACUGGGACUUUGACGCUGGAAGAGAGAAGAGGAAAUGGAGGCCUGGCAGGUACCAACAGAAGAGAAGCAAACGUGAUGAAGAGCUCUCAGAAGAAGCCAGGGAAGAACCAGAUGAAGAACGCAGCCAGGAGAACUGGGACUUUGACACAGGAAGAGAAAAGAGGAACUGGAGGCCUGGCAGGUACCACCAGAGGAGAACCAAACGUGAUGAAGAGCUUUCAGAGGAAGCUAGGGAAGAACCAGAUGAAGAGCGCAGCCAGGAGAACUGGGACUUUGACUCUGGAAGAGAGAAGAGGAAAUGGAGGCCUGGCAGGUACCAGCAGAAGAGAAGCAAACGUGAUGAAGAGCUCUCAGAAGGACCCAGGGAAGAACCAGAUGAAGAACGCAGCCAGGAGAACUGGGACUUUGACUCUGGAAGAGAGAAGAGGAAAUGGAGGCCUGGCAGGUACCAGCAGAAGAGAAGCAAACGUGAUGAAGAGCUCUCAGAAGAAGCCAGGGAAGAACCAGAUGAAGAACGCAGCCAGGAGAACUGGGACUUUGACUCUGGAAGAGAGAAGAGGAAAUGGAGGCCUGGCAGGUACCAACAGAAGAGAAGCAAACGUGAUGAAGAGCUCUCAGAAGAAGCCAGGGAAGAACCAGAUGAAGAGCGCAGCCAGGAGAACUGGGACUUUGACUCUGGAAGAGAGAAGAGGAACUGGAGGCCUGGCAGGUACCACCAGAGGAGAACCAAACGUGAUGAAGAACUCUCAGAGGACAGACGAGACGAGGCGGACGGAGAACGCAGCCAGGAGUACUGGGGGUUUGACAAAAGACACGGAAAAGAAGAGGGAGAGGUGGAAAAGCGCAUAUGGAAGCCGACACACCGGUACCACCACAAAAAGAAACUUCACAAACGUGGUGGAGACUCAUCAGAGGACGAGGAGGAACAGAGGGGUGUUUCAGAGGAAUCAGAGGAGGCUGCAAAGGACAGGGACGAAGCCCUGAGGUAUCUGGCAGAGAAGCGUAAUCCCUGGAUUUACAGAGGGUUCUACCAUCCCGCCUGGUUUAAAAGGGAUUCAGAUCAACACGCAGCAACUAAGAUGGACGACCUGGCCAAGUUGCUGAGCUACAAGAUAAACCAGCUGUCCGACCAUUCUAAUCAGGAGGUUGCAAAGAGAAGCACGCACCAGAGAGCCCUCACUCCGCAGGAGGAUAAAGAUCUGGGAAACCUAGCAGCCAUGGACGUGGAGUUCCAGAAAAUCGCCACCAAGCUGCAUGAGAACAGUGCUUAAGCCAGGACGGACAGCAUAUGAAGACGCCAUCUGAGGAUUGCAGCUGCCGUCCUACCGCAUGUCUGCCAAUUCAGUGUGCUUACUGUGUACCAACAUAAACAAAACCUGGAGCCUUGCCAAAAAAUACCAACUUGUUUAUCAUUGUAUUUGUGAUAUUUUGAUGUUCUCAAUUUAAUCCGCAUGGGAAUGGUUUUGAUGUUUAUACAUGUAAAGAGAAAAUGUGAAAAUAAUACAUAAUAUAUAUCUGGAACAGAUUAUUGGAAUAAUUGUGUUCUGAAGAGUUUGCUCAGUCUGUGCUCAAUAAAAGGGAGUUAUUCUGGGACCAAA